AUUCGCCCACACGACAACGACGAGAAAUACCUGUGGUGCUUCUGCGGGAGCACGUUUGUUUUGGCUGUUCUGCUGCACCAACGCAAGUACAACAGCGCAGAAAGAAACCCUGGUCGCUGACACCAUCAAGGACAACGGUGACAGCAUCGUCUCCUCGCUGCCCCCGUGAUACACUGUCCUUCCCGAACAAGAAGGCAGAAGAAGCAUGUCUGGCCGUCGCCGUGGCGGUUUUGGCGGCAUGGGAUCGUCGUCGCGGUCUGCGGCACGCGCCUUUGAUGCCGUAAUGAGCACCAGCACCAGCAACAACAGCAGCAGCGCAAAGGCCACCUCCACCACCAAUGGAGAAACGGUCAAGAAGGAGCGAGCCACGACGGCUGCGUCUGCGACGCGGGCGGCAUCCACUGCGCUUUCAGGCGCCUUUCGCCGAUCCACGGCAACCCAUGGUACCAACGGCACCACCAGCAACAGAACCACCAGCAAAUUCCAUGCACAGGGUGGCAAGGUCGCUGGCACUGUCAAGAAAGGACGCGGUUCAAGCCCAACUCCAGCCGCAAUUGCAAGCAGCCAAGGAAGAGCUCCACGAAAGCAAGCCACAGCGCAAACAGCAUCAUCAGCAACUGCAGCAUCAUCAGCAACAGCAAAGGUUGGUGGUCGACAGGGCAACUUUCAGAAGAGCACUGCAAGCAGCAGUGACGGCGAGCCGCUGAAGAAGCGGCCAAAGCCGCGAUUGCUGUCAUCGUUUCGGCGGUCUGCGGUCAGCAAGGACGACUCUGCGCCGCACGACCUCUCGCCGCAGCUGUCGCCAGCCAUUGUGGCCGACAGCCUGGAAGAUGGCAGUGGCCACAGCAGCUCAGCAUCAGCAUCGCCGCGCCGGCAUAGCCCAGGCGUCGCCAACGCCAAAGCAAGCUCGACCAGCAAGCCAGGCAGCAAGCGCACUGGCAAUACCAACAGCAGUAACAGCAGUAGCAGCAGUAGCAGCAGUAGUCGGAGCAACAGCACGCCGGCGUCACCAACGCGACAACUUCGACAACCGCGCUCGCCACAGCGCCAAGCCCGUGCCAGUGGUGCACACAGGUUGUCAUCGCAGCCACCCCACUCGCCUCUGCGCCGCCGCCAAGACAGGUCGCCUGACGCCAGACCUGUGGGCCGCACCGCCAGCCUGCCGGUGUCAUCGACCCCAUCGACCACAUCGACGACAAACUUGCGAACGGCAUCGCCAAAGCGAGGCGCUAAGGCGCUCCACCUCCGCCAGCAGCAACAGCAGCAGUCAACAAGGACACGGCGCGGCCUCACACGCGCAUCCACCGAUCCAGUCAAGGGCUCUCCCCGCGAAGGCUUUGUGGAGCUACGGAAUGUCACAGACGUGUACGCUUCUCGACAGGCCGGCAAGAACCAGCAGUACAAGGACGACGUGGACUACUUGUUUGAGUCGCUCGCCUCCAGCACGAGCAAUGAUGUGAAGGCCAUUGCAUUGUGUCAGCUCACGGACAUGUGUCGCCAUCGUGAUGUGCGUCAAUAUCUGCGCGCGCACGACCGAAUUCGCCCCCUCCUCGCCUCCAUCCUCGCCAUCCCACGCCCCUCCACGUCGCUGCGUGCUGCUGCGCUGUGUCUGCUGUUUACACUCCGCAAAGACUCGCUCGCUGGUCACAUUGGCGACUCUCUUCUCGUGUUUCUGGAGGCGAGCUGCCACACGUCUGCACCAGCACAGGCGCCGACAGCAAAGACUGCGAAGAAGAAGGCGUUUCUCAACCUUCUCAAGAAGAAGAAACCAACCAAGGCGCCAUCAUCAUCAUCAUCAUCAUCAUCAUCGUCGUCGUCGUCGUCGUCGUCGUCGUCAGAGCAGAGUGGAGAGAUCCAUCCGCGUGUCAAGGACUGCAUGGCGCGGUGUAAGCACCUCCUCUCUUUCACCAUCAACAACAUGACGCCACGCCUGCUUGCUCUGGAAGUGCUUGCAAGCAUCCUCAAACCAAGAAAAGAGCACGUGCAACUCCUGUAUCAGCGCAGCAACGCCCUGCACGGCAUCAUCACAGCACUGCGGGCCAAUAUCCAGGCCACGCGUCGCAGCACAAUGGCCGCGUCGUCACCCCACAGCGCGGGCGCAUAUGUGCAGGAUUGCGCGGAGUUGAGUCUUCGCCUGCGCAUUUUGCAACGCGCCGUGUUUUUGCAUGCAAGCAACCAGAAGUUUGUGUGCGGCAUUGAAGACAGCGUCGUUCUCGAUCACCUCGCAAAUAUCAUCGACUUUGUGUUCUGGUUCCUUCUCCGCAACCCGCGGCAACCAACACAACAGCGGCAGCAGCAUACAGCGGCGGCGCACAAGAAGAAGAACAGCAAGAGGCGGCAACUUCAACAACAACAACAACAACAACAACAACAACAACAACAACAACAACAACUUAAACAACAACAACAACAACAACACGGUGGUGGUGAUGGGGAAGGGGAUAUAUCGCGCGUUCGGUUUGAGGAGCAGUCGACGACAUUUGAUCCAGAAACGCAGCAGGAAGACGAGGCGGACACACAGGAGCCCGACACGCUCCACAGCACACGGGGCAAUGACGGCAGCAUGGAUACUGCUGGUGACGAUGAUGGUGGUGAUGACGAUGAUGAUGGCACCGAUGAGUCGAGUGAUGCAAACGCGUUGUCUACAAGUGAGCGUGCUGAUGCCAACAGCCCACCAGCACUGCACACCACCCUCAACCGCUGCCUCUGCGAUGCACUCCGCGUCCUCCUCAGUCUCACCAACGACAACAACCGCGUGUGCGACAUGGUUGGGCGCAUGGCGUGUGUUUCCUCCGUCACGAAGCUCCUCCUCCUCUACCCAACGCUCAUUGAACCCGAAUUUAGACACGACGUCUUUGUCCUCGGCCUCUCUCUCCUGGCCAACCUCUCAGAACAUGUCCUCGAUAACCGGAAGACGAUCCUGGCUGUGGACUUGUCGCAGCAGACGGCGGCGGAGCGGCAGUCCUCCGUGGCGAUGGCGAUUCAGGACGACGAGCGCGUGCUGCGCUGUCUUGCUCGCUUGUACACCGACCGCAUUGUGGGCCGCACAGCCACGCCGGCAACAGCGGCAGUCAACGCAGCAGCCAGCAGCGCCCAGGGCGAGACCAGUGACAGCACCAACAGCACCAACAGCACCAGCGACGGCGGUGAUGGCGACACUGGGAGCAUUAACAGCGGUGGCAGUUGCGAUUCCUCCCGCCAGAUUCAAAUGCCGCGGCGAAAUGAAUCCAUUUCUGAAUUGCAGCAGGCCCGAGAGCAGCGCGACGCAGACCAGGAGACGUCGGACAAUGUCGUGGCAGCGUACACGGGCAUCUUGAUCGGUUGUCUCUGCAGAGACAACAAGGCUGGCGAAGACGAGCUGCGUGCGUGUGCAACACCGGAGCUGCUGACGGCGAUGGUUGGCCACCUCAAGGAGUUUCUCGUCUACCAGCAGCGAGCGGGAGUGAAUCGGGAUCAAGACAAGAGCAGCAUUCAGGACAUAAUCACACAGCUCGAAGCAAUUGCUGCCGGCGCUUCCCCAGCUUCACAAUAGCAUUCGCAUGCACACACGCACGCACGCACUCGCAUUCGCGCACGUCACGACAGUCUCUCAAGUGCAGCGUCAAUUAAACGCCUUGCUUCUCUGCCCUUUGUGGCAUCUUGAUUGAUGUGGGGGUUUUGUUUGUCUAUACUCCCCGCUUUGCACGGACGUCGUUGCGACACGAAACGGCAGUUGGGUGUUCAAUGAACCCUUGGUUGGCGACGUGAAAUCAAGCCAUAGAAGC